UAUGAGACAAUAUGAAAUAUUCUCAGUGCCGGACUUUGAUGAUCUGAUAGAUAAGGAACACAGACCUGAUCUUAUAUUUCGUAGAUUGGAAGACAAAUUAUCAAAUAGCAACCUUGAAUCUUUUUUUAAAAUUCUCAUUCAGUUAAAAAAAACGGAUCUCCAAUCAGUGGAACGGUGUUAUGUAGAAAAUUCAUGGAGAAAAUUAGUUGAAGAUACGAAAAAAGAAAGAAAGAAGGAUGCUGUAUCCUUCUCGCCGCUCUCGUAUACAAAUAUUCCACAACGCAAUAUAUCUGACAUUGUCAUUCCAAUUGAGAUAUAUAAGGUUGAAACUUGUAACAUAUCCGGAGAAAACUUAAUAUCUACUGAUAUAAGUUAUACAAAUUUUCACAAAGUAUUCGUUAAUAAUAAUAAUAAUAGAGUACUUAUUCAAGGAGACUCAGGAAUGGGAAAAAGCAUUCAGAAACAAUAUCUUGUUCAUCAAUGGAUGAAUGAUAGAUUGAAUGGUUUUGAAAAUCGACUUAUUGUUACUGUUAAUUUAAAAGAUGUUAAAAGUAAUCAUGAUAUUUAUGAUGCAAUUUUGGAUCAAAACUUUAGAAAUAUUACAUACAUGUCAAAAGAGCUUUUAAUAGAGUUAUUUAAUUAUAGGAAUCCAGAAUUACUACUUUUCAUUGACGAAGCCAACGAGUAUAGUAAGCUUCAUAGUUCUAUUAAAGAUAUUAUUGAAUGUUCAGAGUGUCCAGUACAAACUGCAGUUUGGUUGCGCAAAUGGAAAGCAGUUGAAAUAAGACAUAAAAAUAUUUUUAAUGAAGUCUUUGAAUUGGCUGGAAUUGACGACGAACAACUAAGAAAAUUAAUUGGUAAAUAUUUUAGAAUUCCAGUUUGUACGCCAUCUUUCAUUAAACAGUUAAGUGAGCAGAAAAGGAAGAUAAGGAAUUUGUGCAAAGUUCCUCUUUUAGCCAUAUUAAUGUUUCACAUUUGGGAAAAAAAUGGAAAGAGUUUUGAAAAAAACUCGUUUUUCAUUUACAAUAAUUUAAUAACUAACGUAUACAAAUAUAAUAAUUCCCGUGAUGAAGAUGUAGAUUCUGCAUUGAGUCUACUUUAUGAGAGAUGCUUCGAAUGCUUGGAUAAGGAGAUAGUUACUUUUAAUACGUUUAUCAACGAUAAUGCAGAUUUUCUUAAGGAAGUAUUAGAAAUGAUUCCUAGUCAGUCAAAUGGAACAUAUAUAAUUCGAUUUCAUCAUCCAUCAUUUCAAACGUUUUUCGCUGCCAAGCAUGCUAUUAGACAUAUUAGGAACUGCAGAAAUUCACGCAACCAAAAAGCUUUCGCUGAAAAGUUUCUUAGGGAUUUUACUAGCUCAAAGAUAAAAUACUAUAUAUUGGAAUUGAUUAAGGAUUAUGAUAGACACAUGUAUACGGAUAUCUUUAAGGUACCAAGUAAAUUCCAAUGCAUAUUUGAAUUCAAUGAAAGGAUUCAUGAAAUAAUGAGUGAAACUAAGGAAUUAUCCUUUCCAAUAGCUCAGAACCCAAAGGGUUUUGGAAAUGAUCAUGAUAUGUUUAGUUCGAUAUUACUUGAGAAUAUUGGCGAUACAAUAACGAAAGUUAAUUUCUUGAAUACUGAUAUGACGCUUUUGCAUAAAUUAAAAGAAAAUUGUCCGACAUUAGAAAAUAUAAAUUAUACUGUUCAAUGCCCACUCCAAUGUGUCUACGAUGGUGAUUCAUUUCUCAGUACCAUUUUCUCACUAAAAAGUUCAACCAAUUUAAAAACAAUCAAGUGGUCCGAUAGAUUAUUUAAGAUAGACUUCAACAGUAGACAUUCCGUUCAAAAGAGGUGGAAAUGUAUUGAGGAAGUUCAUGUCUACCAAGAAGAAAAUCCUCGGAUUAUCUGUAUUAAAUUAACCGAUGGAUCAAGUUAUAUAAAAAGUGUAAGAGAUAGGUGUAGAUCAUUUUUCAAAUUUGAUUCUUUUUUCAAAUUCAUUGAAAAGUAUAAAAGUAUAGAAUAUCUAGUUUUGGAAAACAAACUAUUUGGACGUGAGCAGGAAAUUGCAUUUUUCCAUUUUAUUAAAAGUGGUCAAUUUAACUUGCAAGUUUGCUGUAUUAGGAAUUCAUUGAUUGAGGAAUUAAACGAGGAUUUCAUCAAAAACGUUUGCUCCUUUGUCUCGCCUCAUUUACCUCAAAAUGAACUUGAGAACGAAAGUACAAGCUACAAUUCAAUCGAUCUAUUUAUAGAUCAAUGUAAUCAUCAACUUUUUCUUUUAAAUGCUAUUGAUGAUGAUAUAAGUAUAAUGGACUACUUUCCAUUAAGUUGGCAAACGAUUACAUCUCAGGAAAGUAGAAUUCUCUCACUUUUAAUUCAUGCUGUUGAAGAUAAGAAGCUAAGAUUUAAGAAUUUUCACCUCUCUAAUAUUGUUUCAAUUUUACACCUUCAAAAACAGAUUGAACCUGAUAUGAAUUCUGGAAUAGAAUGUUUGAAUCUUUCAGAAAAAUCAUAUUCUGAGAUUUCUGAGCUGUUUCCUAAACUUGUGCAAUGUUCCUAUCGUUCUCUUAAGCAUUUAGAUAUCUCUAACUGCAGAAUAUUUCAGGAAUUCUCGGAGCUGAUUAGUUGGCCCCUAAAAAUAUGCACUUACUUAGAGUCUUUAAAUAUCUCAAAAAAUCCGAAAAUAGUAGAUAAAGCAUUGGAAAACUUAAAUCCCGAUUCAAUAAAGCAUUUAAAUCUUUCUCACUGUGAAAUAGAACCAUGUGUAAUAGCAAGUUUGUCUAAGUUUAAAAAUUUAGAAAACAUAAAUCUUAGUUACAAUUGUCUAUUUGGAAGUUAUAUCCGGUUUAGCUCAGCUCUGAAACCAUCUGCUAGAAACUUAAGACAUUUAAAUCUAUCUCACUGCAAUUUGACAAAUGUUCAUAACGGGGAAAUUUCUAAACUUUUAUCCGAUUGUCGCAAUUUGGAAUCGCUUAAUCUAAGUUUUAAUAUGUUAGGUAACAAAUCUAAGGAUAUUAUGCAACAGCUGUUGUACUUAAAUAAUACAGUACGUUACUCAUCUUGUAGUCAGGACUGGUCGAAACAUAUUAAACAUUUGGAUUUUUCCCAUUUCAACCUGUCAGAAGAAGAGGCCCGUGUACUUGGAAAAUCUUUGAGAAAAUUCCCUCUGAUUGAAGUUUUAAAUAUUGGUCAUAAUGGAGACUUGGGCGAAGGACUUUUCGAUAUAUUUACUGGACUAGAGAACUCUUCUGGAACUCUUAAAGAAAUUGGGUUGUCUAACUGUUGCUUGACUGCAGAACACAUAUAUCACUUAGAAGACUUGUUAGAUAAAUGCGCAUUCAUGAGAAAACUCGAUUUAAGUCAUAAUGUCAGAAUUUCAAGUAAAUUUAAAGGAAUAUUUUUAAAGCUGAGAAAUUCUUCGGAUUUUCUAUCUCACCUGUAUUUAUCUUUCUGUGCUAUGAAUGAAAAAGAUGGAGAAUUUUUGGUCGAACUUUUAAGAGAAUGUUCUAACAUUGAGAGCCUACGUCUGGACGGAAAUACUAAUCCUAAAUUUGAGAACAUAAUGGUUGCGCUGAAGUUUUCAAAAGAGAAACUAAAAUUCCUAGAUUUUUCACGCUGCAAGUUAUCUAUAAAUCAGCAACUAGAACUUGCAUCUCUAUUGGAAGAAUGCCAAAAUUUAAAGUCAAUACAUUUAGGCUGGAACAAUUUUACACAAAAGGGAUUUAGAUUCAUUGUUGAAGCUCUAAUCAAAUUACAAUAUAGGUUAAGACACGUGCAUUUUCCUUAUUGUAAUUUAAGAGAAAGUGGCGAGCAGUUUGAAAAAUGGUUACAGAAAUGUUAUCAAAUCGAAUCUCUAGACCUAUCGGAUAACAAACUAAUGUUUAGUGAGCAAAAUCCUAUGCUCCAUUCACUUCUUAACUUAUCACAUUCUCUUAGAAUACUGAACUUAUGUGACAGCAGUCUCAGUGAAUCUCAAACGGAAUUACUUUCGAUGGCUUUGGCAAAUUGCUCUAGGCUUGAGGUUAUCAAUUUAAAGAAAAAUAAAAACAUGGGACAAGCAUUUGAAAAGUUAACAACUUCACUAGCGAAAUUAAAGUCAACUCUAAAGGAUGUCAAUUUUUCUUCUUGUUGUCUCAGCAAGAAUCAAGCAUGUUUUCUUUCAACUUGCUUUAAAGAUUGUAAAUUCUUGGAACGGGUUGAUCUAAGCUAUAAUAGAAAUAUGAACAGUGAAGUGGAUCAGAUAAUUUUGUCUCUGGGGAAUUCAUCUCAAUCAUUGAAAUAUCUUAACUUUGCAUUAUGUAAUUUUACUCCUACUAGUUCAAGUGCUUUGGGACAACUUCUGCAAAAAACUGUAUUCCUUGAAACAUUAAUACUACGAGGCAAUAAAUUUUGUAGUGAUGUAUUUGGAGCUAUAGACAAGACUAGAGAGAAAUCUUCAGGAUCUAUCCGCAGCAUUGAUCUAUCUUAUUGUGACUUGGGUGUGAAUGAAGCUAUACACAUUGCUGAGUAUCUAAAUCAUGCUUUGAAAUUGGACUCGAUUGACCUUAGUGGAAAUAAAUAUAUAGAUAGAGGAUUUGCUUUAUUCUUCUUAGCUAUUACGAAAACAGAUAAUAUCCUCAGAAGUUUGAACUUUUCAUCUUGUUCCUUAACAGAAGAAAAGAUGGAAAAGCUAAAUUCAUCCACAAAACUCAUAGACAUUAACUUGAAAGACAAUCCGCAUAUGGGCAACAAUAUAGCUACGCUAAUGAAGAGUUUAAUAUUAGUAAACUCUCAAUUAAAUAUCAAAAGAAUUAACUUGUCAUAUUGUAAUUUGACCAGAGCUAAUUUAAAAGAUAUAGGAGUCCACCUAGAAAAAUUUACGCUCGAAGCAUUUUCUUUAGAAGGCAAUAAAAUAUGGAACAAUCCCCUGAAUCUUGGUUUGAAAAAUUCCAGUAGUAAAUUGAAAUUUUUAAAUAUCUCGUUCUGCAAUCUCACAAUAGAGCAAGCUCAAGAGUUAUCGGGAGAAUUGAAAGAAUUCUUGUGUCUUGAAUCUGUUAAUUUUAGUGGAAACUCCAAAAUGGGUGUUGGUCUUAAUGAAAUUAUUAAAUCAUUUGAAAAGUCAUGUAAUACCCUUAAAGAUAUAAACUUUUCUUCUUGUAAUUUGAGAGAAGAUCAAGCCGAAUGUCUUGCGAAUUGUAUAAAAAAGUGUUCAAACCUUAACUCUUUAAAUCUUAGCCUUAACACAAAGAUGAAGCAAGGUUUUAAAUCAAUCGCUUUGGCCAUGAGGAAUUCAGGAAAAAGUGUUGAACAUUUGAACUUUUCAUCCUGUAACUUGUCUAGAGAUCAGGCUGCAUCUCUGAAGGAAUUUCUGGAUAUAUGUACAAACCUGAAAACUAUUAAUCUUACAGAAAACCCAAAUAUGCAAGACUCAUUAGAGGAACUACUAUUAAUAUUAAGUAAAACACUAGUGUAUUUAAAUCUUUCAUUUUGCAAGUUAAGUUUGAAUCAAAUUAAAAGCCUUGAGAGUUACCUUUCACAGUCUCCGACUAUUGAAGUACUUUUACUUAGAGGCAGCUUGAAUAGCUUGAAUAUAAAUUAUCUUAUCAGAGGAUUAGACUACAUCGUUCGAACUCUAAAGAUUAUUGAUAUUUCACUUAAUUCAAUAAAAAGCCAACAACAACAACCACUUGAAACAGUAUUGGGAAAAUGUAGUAAUCUUACAACUAUAGACUUCAGUUGUUGCGUAUAUACUACAAAAGAGAUCUUAAAUUGGCAAGAGAUGAUAGAAUUAUCUAGUAAUUCUCUACAGAAUCUGGCCUUGUCAAACUGCUUCUUAUCAAAAAGUUCAGCCGAAUCGUUAGCUAAGGGCUUAAAGAGAUGUUGCAAUUUAAGAUCAGUAAAGCUCAACUAUAAUACUGAUAUGUUGGAUGGAUUGAAUGAUAUAUUUAAUGCCCUAAAAGAAUCUUCCUCAACACUACAAAAUCUGAAUGUAUCAAAUUGCAGUUUAAGUGAGGGACAAAUAGCAACUUUGGUGGUACUGUUAAAUACCUGCCAAAACCUGGAAUCAUUAGAUGUUAGUGGUAAUCCUUCAAUGAAGGAUACAGUACGUUUAAUAUUACAAUCGAUAAAAUCUUUCAACAAAACUUUAAAAAAUUUGAAUUUAUCUUAUUGCCGUAUACAAAAGAUUGAAGAAAUUCACUUACAGCUAAGUUUAACAAACUGUAAUACUUUAGAAUCGUUAAAAUUGAAAGGAAACGAAUUGGAAAGUCCUAUAGAUCUACUAAAAGAAUCUAAUAAAACUCUACAAUAUCUGGAAAUUGAAAAUUCUAUGCAGAAUGUUUCAAAGAAGAAAUUUGUAAAUCUACGAGAAAUUAUCUUUAUUAGGAAUAAAGAUACAUCAACUGUGAGCUAUGAAAAUUUACAUACGCAUAUCUCAUUUCAAUUAGUUAUCAACAUUGAUUUGUCAUCAUGUGACUUACGAAUGACACAGGCUAUACAAUUGGCUGAUUGUGUAAAGCAGUGUGUGAAUUUGGAGGUUUUAGACCUGAGUAAUAAUAAAAAUAUGUCGUCUGGCUUUAAGAAAAUUUUACUUGGAUUGAAUCAUAACCUCAAAAAACUCAGUUUAUCUUUCUGUGAUCUCUCAACCGGAAAGCUAAAUGCAUUAUGUGAGCGCUUUUCGACAAUCUCAAAUUUGGAGUCUCUGAAUCUUGAGGGAAAUAACAACUUGAGCAGAAUUAUGAAGGUUUUUGCAAAAAGUUUGAAAGAAAGCGGAAUAGCUUUGAGGGAAAUUGAUCUUUCAGAUUGCAAUUUAGAUGAUGACAAUGUUGAUUCUUUGAAGAUAUUGUUUAAAUCAUCAUUUGAUAUUGAAAAGUUAAGUCUAAGAGAGGGUUCUUUUAGUACAAAAAGAUUUCGCUCUAUCUGCAAGUCUUUGGAAAAUUUGUAUGCACACUUGAAGUAUUUGGACUUUAGAUCCCCCGAUUUUAAUAAAAAAAAGGAAGAUAUUCUGAGGAGUUUUGUGGAAAAAUGUUCUCAACUAAAAUCGCAACAUAAACAAGAGUUAAUCUUUCGUGGCUGUGUUGAAUUGUUAUGCCCAUAUCUUGAACAUUUUCAGAUAUAUGAAGAUAGUUGCAGCAGGAAAACACGAGAGAAUAGAAAGCUUAACCUAACAGAACACGAUAAAUUACAGAACACUUUCGCUAAAUAA